UCAAAUUUUUGGAUCAUUGCAACAUUGUGCGCUGUGCGUUAACGACGAUAAUACGGAUUUUCAAUUUUACAAAUAUCUCGUGAUCCGUAAAUUCCCUAAUAGUUUAGUUUGAUAGUAAUUUUUGGAUGUAUCCAUUUUUGCAUAAUUGAAUUCUUAGAUAUUUAAACAAUUUAUAGUGCUCGCGCCUCCCUCCAAGUGUUUCUUUGACACAUUUAACAGACGCCAUGUUUGUCACGUUUUUGCCAGUUGUGAAUUAGCUAAAGAUUGAAUUUGCAGUAGCGUUAUUGCUUUUAAAUAUUGUUCAGUGAUCUAAAUCGAAUCCAAAAUGAGUUCAGUUUACACAAAAAACAAGGAAAAGCGGCCACGUUCUUCUUCAAACGAAGCUAACAACUCUUCAUUUGUGAAGAAUGUUACAUCCAGGGUUUCAGGCUUAUUGCCCUCCACAAUAACAAAGUGGUUCAGUAGCCCAAGCUCAUCAAAUGCCAAUGGCUCUGCGCAGAUGGCAGAUGCAACGGAUUCUUCCACUGAAGAUGAAGCCUGUGAGACUCCAGUAAUAACACAGCCACCAGCGAAGCGCAUGCGAUACAGCUCACCGGGAACCUCCUACAACCACUAUGGGUCCCAGGAAGCUCAUUGCUCCACAAGUAACAUGGAUAUAUCUGAUCACCCGUAUAGCUCUUACAGCUCUCACCCUCAUUACCCUCAAACGAGCCGAAGCACAUUCCCAAGCUUCCGCUCCUCAAAUGAGGAUAUUUCAAAGGAAAGACUUGACAGGGAAGCCAAAAUGUUCCAAACUCAACACACUGUUGCUGGCAUAGGUCAAUCAAUUGCCAAUAAAAGGAAAUCAAUCUUUGAAUCAACUUCCAACCAAGAUGAGGACUCCAACAAUUACCCAAAACCAUCAGCAAAUUCAAGUCGUCAAAAUGAGCCAAAACAGCCUAACUUCAAACCUAGUUUACUUGGUUCACCAUUCUACCCAGGGAGAACUAUGUAUGGGGGAGCGGCAUCAUCCUAUAUAAAUCAGCCCAAUAUAACGCAGCACAGAGUGGCAGUAGUAAAUGAGUCUAAAAUCAAUGAAGACAUUGCCAUGAGUAGCUCUGCCAGGCGGAUUUUAGAAAUAUUAGAAAGCUCUUCCCCACUUACUGAGGCAAGGAGAAUACCAGUGUACACAAGACCUAAGAAUGACAGGUUCUUCAAGCCUGCCGAUCAAUCGCUUUCCGGAAACCGCAGUUACUCGUACAAAACUCAAGAACUCCAUGUGCCAAACUACGCGUCAAUACUGCGUUUGAAAAAGAAGUCACGGCUCAUGGACACCACGAAUGCGGCGCGCCAAAUAAUUGCUUCCCAAAGCAGUACUUCUAACUAUCCUAGUUAUCCUUCUUCAACGAGACGGAGCGAAACAGAAAAUGAACAAUCUCACAAAUUGACAACAAAAAUGAAAACCAAGAUAACCAAAUUAAGAGGAAACCAAGAUGCAGAGGAAAUGGGCACUCCAGUGAUACUGCCUACUGGUGUUUUGAAGAUAAACAAAGACCAAUUACCGAAUAUAUCAUUUGGUAUACCAGUGAUUCAUAAAGCACCAGUUUCCAAUACACCAAAACCAAUUUCUGAUAACAUAUUUACAGUAGGAAAAACGCAUAAACACGAAACACUCAACAGUAAAGACUACAUAUUUGCAUCUCCUGUCAAAGUGUCUUGCGAUAACCCACAAGGUGAUAUAACGCCUCCGAAAUUCACAUUUGGGAGUCCUGAACAACAGAUUGAUAAGAAACUUGACAACAAACGUGACGAUUCUUCUGUUGUUGUAGGUAAACCAAAUGACAUUCAAAAGAUAACUCCUGCAUCAAAGGAAUGGAAAUGCCCCGAGUGCUGGGUCGCAAAUAAAGCUGAGAGCAAGUCCUGUGUUUGUUGUGGUUAUAAACAGUCAUCGCAAAACGCAAUACAAAAUGCUAAGUGUUCAGUUUGCAAGCUUGCCGAUAGUCAAUCUCAGAAAGACAAAUGUGUCAAUUGUGAGAAAAUACCACAACUUAAAGGCGCAGAACCACUUUCGACACUUACAACUGGAAACAGUCAAACUUCUAAAUGGAAAUGUGAGGACUGCUGGGUCAGUAACGAGGAUAGUUCUGCUAAAUGUGCUUGCUGUGGUGCCAAAAGACCCACUAAAUCUGGUGGGGCACCCACAAACGUCAUUACGAGCACAAGCAGCGCCAAUUCUGAGAGUGAUAACUGGAAAUGCGAAGAUUGUUGGAUCUCAAACAAGAGCAGUGUAGACAAGUGCGCAGCUUGUGGUGGUGCUAAGCCUGGUUCCAAACAAUCUAAUAACAUCCCGGCUGCACCUAAAGCGCCGUCUUUCUUUGGAUCUACUGACGAUAAAUUUAAGAAAAUCGCAGAAUCGCAGAAAUCUGCAAAAUGGGAAUGUUCCAGUUGUUUAGUCCGAAACAAUAGCGAUAUUUCUAAAUGUGCAUGCUGCGGACAAGCAAAAGAAAGUGCAAACAAAAUUCCAGAGUCCAAGUUCAACUUUGGUACUGUUCCAAACAAUUCAUUCAAAUUCGGUAUUGAUCCUAAAGCACAAGAAACUGCAAAAGUCCCAGAGGUAAAAACUACACUGGAACCAAAAUUAAAGGAUCAUUCCGAAACAAAUAAUAAUGUGCUGUCUGAGACACCAUCAUUUACUUUUACACUUCCAACAAAAGUAAAUGAGAACAAAACUGCAACAUCCCCAUCUCCAAAAGAGGCCCCAAAAUUAAAUUUUGCUUUUGGUAUACCAAAACCAAUUGCUGUUCCCGCCGUGGCUGCAAACAAAACACCAGAGCCUAAGAAAGAUGUAGACACUGAGAAAAAUCAGGAGGUACCAAGUGUUGACCAAAACUCUUUGAAUGAGAAGCCAAAGCCAUUUGGUAACAUAUUUAUGGCGCCUCCAGCUCAACUCCAAACAACAAAAGAAGAAAAGAAAGAGACACCUCCUGUAAGCGGAAUUAGUUUCCAAAAUCCACUUCCAACUGAUGGAACAAAGGAAACUGUAACUAAUUCAAUUACUGUUCAACCAACGGUGACAAGUGCCGAUUCAGCUGUCAAGCCAGCAUUCACGUUUGGAGUAAAGCCAGCUACUAACUUAUUCGAGGCUCCGGCUUCCACAGCUGCCCCAAUAAAUCUAUUUACACCGCAGAGUCAAACUACGGCGCAACCAGCUAAUAGCGCACCUACGCUCUCGCUAUUCAAACCACCUGAGAGUACCACCACUACUCCAUCUCUAUUCCAGCCACCGGAUAGGAGCUCUGUAACGCCCACGCCCUUGUUCCAAAAGAGUGAAACGAAUAGUACUGCCCCUGCUGUGACCCCAGCUCCAGUGUUUAGUUUUGGUGCCAAUGCACAGAAUAACUCGACUUUGCCAUCCACUCAAGAAAAACCCAAGUUCCAAUUUACUUUUGGCAGUAAUUCUGCUCCAAAAUCGGAACAGGCUGUUCCCAAUUUAUUUAAAUCACCAUUUGGUUCUACUGAGAACAACAAUGCGACGCCUAACAGCUUUGGUAUGCCGCAAGGAACAACUUUAGGAUCAGCAAAUACCCUUACCUCGGGUACUUUAGGAGGAACUAACGGACUGUCGACACCUAACGGUCUUACAGGAAAUGCUAUGGCUACAAUGCCUGGAAACUCAAUUAUGGGAAAUAGCUUGCCAAGUGGAAAUUCUGGCAUUGGAUUGGGUGCAAAUGGUUUACCUGUAAACCCACUUACGGGGGGAAAUACGUUGACGGGCGGUUCAGCGAACAUAUUUGGGAAUCCAAUAAAGAAUGAAAAUAUGUGGACUCCUGCCAACAACACAUCUACUCCAAACCUGUUUGUAUCAAAUACAGCUACAAGUAGCUUGCAAAAACCUGCAACAUUUACUUUUGGAUCUUCAACGUCAUUUGGUAAUCCAUCUCAACCUGCGUUUGGUAACAACAACGCGCAAUCUCCGGUAAUAUUUGGUAUGGGCAGCCAGAAUAAUAGUAAUAAUAACAAUCAACCUUUAUUAUUUUCGGGCUCUGCGCCAAGUCAACCAACUCCGAACUUGUUCGGGUCACCCCAGCCGCCCAGUAACUCUGCUCCACAGAUGGGCAUGUUUGGAACACCUAACAUUGGUGCAACGCCUACAUUUGGCUCGCCUAACCCCUCUAUACCGACGUUUGAGCCCUCUUCGCCUGCGCCUGCACCAGCGUUUAACUUCGGGGCUCCACAAUCAACAGGCAUAUUCGGGUUUGGACAGCAGCAUCCAAUGCAAUCGCAGCAGCAGCCAUCGCUGCCGCAUUCGCCGCAGCAACCGAGCGGCGUGUACAGUUUCGGUGGAACUCCCGCCGGCGCUCCGCAUGUUCAGUUCACAGUGGGCAGUGGCCCCAAUACCGCCGUCCGACGCGUUCGUAAGGCGGUGCGUAGGAACCCACAACGAUGAUUAGAACGAACCCUAUAGGACACUAUGGACUGGAUGUAAGUGUCCUAACCGAGUUUAUCCGUAUGGAAAUUACAAGGAUGAAUAAAUUAUGACUAAAUUAUAAGGUAGCUGAUAAUAUUUUUGAGUUAAUAACUUACUGGGUCGAAGUGUAUGAUUGUAUUAUUUUAUUUGAUACUUGUUUUUUGUUAUGGCUCUGUUGCAGUGCAUAUAUAGAUAUUAUUAUUUAUAUAUCACAUUAGCUAAAUUCAUGCAAACGCUGUGGCACAGUCUACAAAACAAACGUGUAUAUGAAACCAAAAUGAAAAAAUUCAAAGUCGAUAACAUUUUGAGUUUUGCGUAAAAGGAGGCUGAAUAUAUGUAUAUAGAAUUUUGACGAUCAAAAAGCACUUGUUAUAUAUACUAUGUGAUUAGUACUCUGAGAGGUAAUCAGGGUGAUAUGUUCCACGAGGACUGUAGGCAUGCGAGAUCACGAAUGUUAAACGAUAGGCCAAAUACUAUGAUGUGAUACAUUAGAUGUCUUAUCUAGGACGCAGUAAGACUUUCGUUUAUUGAAAAGGCUGGCCUGAACAAAACAUUGAAAAUAGGGCCCAAUACCUCUUUUAUACCAAAAGUGCACCCUGAUUCUUAUAUUGGUUUCAAACAAUUUGACAUUAACAAUUUAAUUUACAAUAGUGACUAACAAAAUGUUUAAAAUAUUAUUCAGAUAAAGGUGAAAAUGAAGUAUAGAAAAUAUGUAAAUAUCAGAUACAAGUUUCUAUGGAUAACCGGCAAAUAAAUUUGCUGGAACCAAUCCACACUAUUUUAACCUUGUAGACGGCACAAUAAUUGCAUCAACACGAGAUUGAAUUUCGUUUACGUGUGCCGUGGCGUGGUGUUAAUGUGACGGGAGGAGUGUCCGUGGCAAACUUAUACCAGACACUGAACAGAAAUGUACAUUGAAGGCAUGUAACUAACAUAAAUUCAAGAAUGUAUUUUAUAUGCACUGGAGUUAAACAAGGCCUUUUGGUAUUAUGAUUGUAAAUGCACUGUAGACAGUGUUUUAAUUGUAAUCACGAAGGUUAGAAAAGCACAGUUUUCGGCAAA